AUGACGGAAACAACCCUUUAUGCUUAUACACCGUCCGUGACGUGCGCCCUGCUGGCGCUGUUUCUCUUCCUCGGUGCCACCGCGUACCAUCUCUGGUUGCUAAUUCGGAAGCGCGCAUACUUCUUCACAGCCUUUGUGAUCGGCGGCUUAAUCGAGACAAUCGGGUACGUCGCGCGGGCCGUGAGCGCCCACCAGAAACCGAACUACAGCGUCAUGCCCUACGCCCUCCAGAGCCUCUUCAUCCUGAUCGCCCCGUCGCUCUUCGCUGCUUCCAUCUACAUGAUCCUGGGCCGCAUCGUCACCCUGACUGACGGCGACUCGCGGUGCUUUAUUCGCGCGCGCUGGAUGACCAAGAUCUUCGUCCUCGGGGACGUGCUCGCCUUUCUGAUGCAGUGCGGCGGCGGUGGUAUCCUCUCCAGCGCCAAGACCAGCAGCACGCUCAAGCUGGGCGAGAACGUGAUCAUCGUCGGCCUGGUCGUGCAGAUCCUCUUCUUCGGCUUCUUUGUCACCGUCGCCGUCGUCUUCCACAGGCGCAUCACCGCGAACCCGACGUCGACUGCGAUGACGUUGUGCGUACCGUGGAGGAGAUAUCUGUGGGUGCUGUACGCGGCCAGCGGGCUGAUUCUGGUUCGCUGUCUCUAUCGGGUCAUCGAGUAUGCGCAGGGCUCGGCGGGGUCGCUGCAGAGCCAUGAGGCGUAUGCUUAUGUCUUCGACGCGGCGCUGAUGCUGAUCAUGAUGGGAAUCUUCGUGGUGUAUCAUCCGAGCCAGAUCCUUGAUCGCGGAAAGAAUAUAGCUGAGAUGGACCGGCUGUAUGAUAGGGUUUAG